UCCUGCGCCCUGGACGGGAGCACGUGUGCGUGGCUUUGGAAGCCCCGAGGUCGGCUGGGCCGACGGAAGAAACGGGGGUCAGCCUUUAUUACGGCCGCCAAACUCCUGGAGCAUUUCCUUACCAGACAAGGGUGCGGACGAGCCGCAUUUGGUCCGCUUUUUAUUCAAAUCAGCCCUACAUUACCGGUUUUUAUGGGCCACAUGAGAAAACCCCGCGGUUGAAGGCAAAACUAUACUAUUAAGGAUGGCUAAUUAUCUUGAUCUACUCCUUUCGGUUUUCGAUCACACAAGUCCCUUCACAUUGCAGCCCAUGUAGCAUUUUUGGUCUAGAUGACGUCCAAAUGACGACAUUCGUCUUAUAUUAGUCCAUGGACUAAUAAGUUAGACGUCCAACUGACUGUGACGUAAGUCACAGCUUUAGUACGUCUAAAUGACCAAUCACAAUGACGCCUAGCUGACGAAUGCAAAAGCGUAAAUUAGACGUUAAGUUGAAUCAUUAUACAGAGUGAUUUUUUUUCGAUGACUAGUACAAGGAUCUUCAGAACUAGAGCAGUUACGAAGAAGGUCAACCGGACAAAGAAAUGCGGAAAACCGCAAUUCCGCCAGAACUUUUACCAAGAGUAAGUGCGGUAAAGCUUAACAAUACGAUCUGCUGUCACCCACGCACAAGCCCGCACGCACCGUACGCGCAGUCGAAAAUUCGAUACCGCUCAGCUAUAUUGCCAUCAAAGUAGAAAAUCCCAAUCAAAACAAACGUUCAAUAGAGAAUAGAGAGUUAUGGUGGGUUUAUACACGAGAAUAAGGAAUAACGCUUAAUGAUUAAGGCGUAUCUUAAAAGAUUGUUGUGCGUUAGUCCAUAGAGGUGUUUAUAAACCGAAUAGUGCCUAACGCUUAAGGAAUAAGGCUUAAGAAAGCUGCCAACUUUCAACUUUUAUCUUAUCUGUUAGGCGUUAUUCUAAUGAGGCAUGCGCAGUUUGUAAGAUAAAUGAUUUUCCAAUAUCCCAUGUGACCGCCAAACAUCGUAUUUACAGUUUGUUAUGAGGUUAGAAAACGAAAUUAUUAAACCAAAACGAACUACAACUUCUUCAGAGGACAAAUCCAUUUUAAUGUACAAUAUAGGUAUAUAUGAAAUAAGCUUUUAUUGGUAUGUUAUCGCGAUAAUGUUGACACAACCCUAUUGUUUCUUAAGCCUAUGCUGCAAUUUGAGUGGCUGUACAUAAAAUAAUAUUGUUCCUUAUUCUGCUUUAUAUACACCCCAAGUGGCGUUAUUCCUAAUAAAGCGUUCUUUUUAUGCCUUAAGCCUUAUCCUUAUUCUCGGGUAUAUACCCACCAUUAGGGCAGAAAGACCGAUUGGGUCGAUAGCCUUUUUCUAUAGGAAAUAAAGAUUAUUUAUAUAUAUAUACCCACCAUUAUUGGACGCUCAAUAAGGACAUGCAGUAAUAAAGCUAGUGGUAUUUUGAAACAUACGCGCCUGCGCAAUUGAGUCAGAAAAUAAGGGACCCCUUAAUAAGGGUACUGUUCCGUGCUAUUUGUGCAGCAAUACUGUACGCUUUAUUUCUACCUUAUACUGGCAAUUGACAUUUCUAACGUCCGCUUGCAGGUUAAGUCCACAGAUCACUAAUUUCUGUGGUCGGUGGCCACUGUGGAUACUGAAAGCAGUGAAUUAGGCAUUCCAAUAACUAUCAUUUCGUUAGAGAAAUAAGGCAAAUGCAGUGUUAAAAUAAGGAUUAACCUUAUUACUGCAUUACAGUACUUAUAAUUUCCAAUAACUUUCUAAUUGCAAUCUAGCAAAAUUUGAUAAAAGUCUGGUUCAGUUAUACUGCAGUUACUGCACCGCACAACGGUACACACACUAUAAGUUGCAAGACCGGCCAUUGUCCAAAAAUUUCCAACUUUAAAACUUAACUUUUAAAUUCUGGAGUUUUCAAUUUGAUGCGUCGUUGGUUAAGGAAGUGGUAAUAAUAAUACUGGCAACUGCGCAAAAAAUUUGGACUGACACGCCGGCGCCAAGAGCAAAACCAUCAUGGCGGUGCCUUUUGAUUUGUUUUGGAAAUUGGUGAAUUUCAGAGGGUGAAAAGUCGUGAAAAACGGCAUUUUCUCGAAAAAUCUAUAGGAAAAAUGUUGAUGGUUAUGAUAUUUUCUAUAAGGUGGACAUAGUCUUAAACGGUAACACGGCAGUCCUGAUAUCAGAUUACCUUAGCAAAAAUUAAAAAUAAAUAGCGAUUUGGCUUUUGUUGACCAUAAGCAACUUCUCGCCUUCCUGAACCCCUAUGAAACCCAGACGUAUAUGAGAGAGAUGAUAAAGAGAGAGAAAACGGCAACUCGACUAGUCCUUUAAGUCCUUAAAUUUCUAAUAAAUAUCAGGUGCUUGUGUCGUUUGAGUCCUUCCAAAUUUUCAGUUUUUCUUCCCUUUUUUCAAAAAUUUCCUGUAUGGUCCAUAAAUUAAGCUGAAAAACACUCACAAAGUUUGAGAAAAAUUACUACUUUCAGGCUAAAUUUCGAGUCCCAAAAAAAAAAAACCCAAACUGCGGCAAAGAUUUUUAGUUAAUAAAAUCUGACUAACAGCGCGCUAGAUAACCUCAAUCAAUGGACGACGUUGGAAAAAAUGCUCAAACUUUUGCGAAAAACACUGGUGAAUUUUUUUUCGCAAAAAGUGCUUAAUUUGAAGUGUUCUUUAAGGUAAAAAUCGGCGACAUUUAGUUGCUCCUCGCAUAUUUUGCUUAUACAACAAUAAACAAAUAAUUAAGAGAAGUAUUAAAAUAUAUGAUCAGUCAAUAACGAAGUAAGUAUUCAUAUAUUUAUUACUAUUUUUUUUUAAAAACAAAUAACAUUAUUAAUAGACGGUUGAAAGCCGCCAGCAGCCAUUACGGUGUUUUCUUGGUUGCGUGAUAUCUGGCAUACGGACGCAAACCGCGAAUGUUUGACAGCGACAUUCAAUUGUCUGGAACUUUGUGGAAAAACUUAUCUGACAUUAAUUUUGCUAGUUUUUCGGUUUUUCACGCUUUCAAAAGUUAUUUCCGUAAUCAGAAUCAAUAAAAUGAAAUCCAAAGCUUUUGCGUCGAUGAAUUUGGUAAGAUUUGUACUGCAUCUUAUAUACCCUGUUUUUAGCAGGCUUUUGUCGGAAUAGUUUUUCAUUAUGCUUUAGCAAUCACCCAAAUCCAAGUUAAACAUUGAAAACCUAUUCAGAAUGUUUCGUUGCGUGUUAUGUUCUACAAGUAUUUAAAAUCUACAUUUGUUUUAGUUUUUUCGGCUUACAAUUUCAUAUCUUGCGCCAUUCUUUAUUCCUGCUAGGUUUUCAAGAGGAAAAUACGAAACGUACGUUCGAAAUUCAAGAGGCGAUUUAGAAAACUGACCUCAAUCAAAAGCGCAACUUUUUUUGUUUGAUUGAAUAUUGAAGAGCAUUGCAGAUCUAUAUUAAAUAUACAGGGUGUUUAAACUAUCGCCUACAUGAGUAUUUCUUUACCUGAGGUUGUUUCAUGCCGAAACGUUCAUAUAACAUCGGUGCGCAAAUACACUCACUUGCAAAAGUCUUGCACCCCCCCUGUAUUCACUACAUACGUUUAAUUUAUACAAAAUUGUUUUAUUGGUAAAUAAAACAUACUUGUUUACAAGUAAACAAACUGAUGGAAUUGAUGAUGUUGAUGAUUCUGUAAAAAUUGCACCUUUAUAUUGAUUUCUAUUAGGGCUCGGAAUCAAACUCGAAUAAUUCGAGUAUUCAAAUAUUGUGUAGAGGUGCACGCUCUAUUACGAAUAUAAAUUUAAGGCAAGUGUGAACUCGACUUCUAUUUUAUCGUCGUGUGAUUGAAAAAGGAAAGUUUCCCUGCAUGCGAACGUUCAAGGGCGGAUGCAGGGGGGGUCAUGGGUGUCAUGAGCCCUCCUUGGGCUGGGUUUAUAACGACUGACAAUAUUUUUUCUAAUUGCAUAGGCAACAAAAGACUGAAUUUCUACUACUUGACCCCCCUGACUCAAAAGCUGGAUCCGCCCUUGUGAACGUUACCAUUCAGAAGAUAUUUAAAUUAAAUCGCACAUACAAGCUAUAAAACCUUCACCAUUAUGAACUGAACUCUAUUACACCAUUCGAUCUUUAACUUCAAAUGAUAAUCAUAGAGCCAUCACAAAAAAAGUAGGAAAAUUAUACAACUCGUCUUCGGGCAGAUAUAUGAGAAUUAAAUGUAUCCAUGAGCUAAUAUCAAGUCAGCUAGAGAACCUUCCAGCUGUAGCUAAACUGUUAUGUUUAUUGGAACAUUGUAAUGAUGCAGCUUUAAAACAUUUUCAAACUUCAAUUUGUUUACCAUGAGUAAUCCGUCGUGUGUAAACUACAUAAAAAUCCCCUUUUUUUAAUUAUGUGAGAUGUUUUAAGAGAUAGUUUUAGCUUUCCUACCAUGAUAUCGCAUACAUUUUUCAAGUCGCGCUUAUGUAUUCUUCAGGUUUUAACGAACAGCGAUGUAAAAAACUCAGUAAACACUUUCCAACUAUCCAAGAAAUAUGCCAAGAGACUGGUGAAAAUCUCGAUAUUGAACAUUAUUUACCAGCGAAUUGCGAUUUCUGAGAAGGAAUUUGAGGUGAAGAACUAUCAAAACAUUCCCUAUAGAGUAUGUAAACGCAAAUCUCAAAAUACUUUUAUCAGGGUAUAUUAUCAUUCGGCUUCCAAUGGUAUCAUUGAAGCUAUAGAAAAGGAUUAUCUGAAGGAAAUUGCAAUGCACAUCAUCGGAAAAGAUAGUGACGAGCUCUUGGAAACUUACAACAUAAAAAUUAAAUACAACAAGCAAGAUUCCAAGUCUAAUCAGAAAAGUUCAGCAGUAAAAGCCGCAACCAUGGAGUACUUUAAAGUUCUGACUGGAAUACCAGGGAAGAAGUGGCAAGAAGACAAUGUGAAAAUGUCUUUCGAGAUUUUUUAUAACAAAGGCGUUCCAAUUGAAUAUGAGCCUCCUAACUUUGAGCCAACCAAAGAACUGCUGUGUUCUAACCCAAAUAACUUAACAAGCUUGGGAAAUAUUUCCACUGGCUUUCAUAAAGUUAUUUCGUGGGGCCGCGGCGCAAAUUUUGCCGAAGUUCGAAAACUUACCCAUUCUGAAAACAGUUCAGUCCCAGUAAGUAAUGCGAAAAACAAUUUGUUGGAGGAUGAUGAUAAUAUGGAAGACAUCCCUGAGCUGAAGCGGAAACACAACAAUGGUACAUGCGGCGAAAAUGCGUCAAAAAAACAUAAACUGCAGGUCAUAUCACCUAAUAGUGACAUAAGUACAAAUGGAGAAAUUGAUUGGGGAAAUAUUUCUAUCCUGUCCAGUGAAGACACAUACUGUCCGUGUAAAUGGCGACUGCCUGACAAAUAUGAAACCAUAAAAUGCACCAAAUGUUUUGGAAAAGUGCAUUUAGCAUGCCACGGAUACAUCAGUAUCGAAGCUGUUGAUAAAACUAAGUUUAGCUGCUAUACAUGCGUAUAUUCUAGAACUAACCAGAACAAAUUAAACAACAUGAAUAUGUUGAUGAAAAUGAGGUAAGUUUUAGCUUAACCAUUCCAUACAUCCGUUUUCAGCAGGCAUAGUAUUUCGUUAAAUUGUUACAAAAAAGCUCAUUUUAUUUUCGGGAAAUACUUGAUUAUCGAAGUCCCAAUGGCAUCAAUGUGCGUUGUCUUACGUAAUUUGAAGACAAGUUUACAAUGUUUGAAUUGUUGUCCCACUCGUAGUUGUCAAGCAAAUACAAUUCGUGCCUUGUUUUAAAUAUAAUUUUAUGGAUUAAUUUGAAAGUUUGCUUUUUAAUAAAACAUCUUAUUAGCAUUACCAUAGCUAUGACUUCUGACGCGUAUAUCUUCAGACUGUCUACAGUCAAUCUUAAGUCCGUGUCCCAUCUGAGUAGGCCUAGGUAACUCAGUGAAUUUUUAGGAGUUGGCGCAGUGCUUCGCAAAUGGUCUGGUGCGCCAACUCGCACCGGCGCACUAACUCAGUUCCGUUGCUAGGAAAAUGUUGAUGACUUUUUUUACUUGAUUUUAGAUUUAUUUUA